AUGAACGACCCGGGCUCCGGACCCCCCAUCAUCAUCCCGCACGGGACCAUGAAUUUACGCGAGAUAGAGAACAUGAUCGCCCUGCGCCUCCGGCGCCGCCGCACGCCCUGGGCGCCCUUCUUCGCGGGGCUCCUCGGCGUCUUUUGCGCGCUCGCGCGCCCGCCGACGCGGGACGACGCGGCCGCCCUGCCCACGCGCCCCGAGGACUGGGAGCGCCCGCGCGAGCACGCGUCCGCCUGGAACGCGAGCGUGCGCCUGCGGUUCCCGCGGGACGAGGCCGUCUUCCGCGGCGGCACGCCGCUCGUCUUCGCCGCGGGCCUCAGCCGCACGGGCACGUCGACGAUCCAGGCGGCGCUCAUGGAGCUCAACCUGACCGUGGACCACUCCCUCGAGACCAUGGCCCACGACCUCGACUUCUGGUACUACUACCUCAGCGGCCAGGUCGAGCGGCCCGACGUGACGAAGUUGAUCGAGCCGCGGGGCGUCGACGCCGUCGCGGACUGCUGGUUCGCGCACCUCCUGCCGGAGCUCAUCCGCGAGUACCCCGACGCCAAGGUCAUCCUGGGCACGCGGCCCCGCGAGCCCUGGCUCAAGUCCUACCGCAGCUACAUCGCGACGUCGCACCUCUACCACUGGCGCCGCCAGGUCUUCCGCCUCUUCGCCGCGCGCGCGACGCGCCACCUCGGCCUCGGCGCCCUCUUCCGCAAGCUCGGCUGGAUCGACGCCUCGGGCAGCGGCUACGACCUCGAGAAGCUGCCCCUGCUCAUGGACAUCUGGUCGCUCGUGGAUUUGGCGGUCUACGGCAACACGUCGCCGGACCACCUCUGGUACGGCGCCAUGGAGCGCCACAACAACAACGUGCGCGCCCUCGUGCCGCCGGAGAACCUCCUCGAGUUCGACAACAAGCGCCACUCCUGGGUCGACAUCUUGGACUUCCUCCGCGUCGAGGAGCCGCACUACUCGCGCCUCGCGGGCCAGCCCCUGCCCUGGCUCAACUGCGUCCCGGGCAAGACCUGCGUCUCCCACAUCUCCCACAAGAUCACGGCGCCCCACGAGAAGCUCGUCUUCGCCGCCUGCCUCGCGCUGACGGCCGCGCUCGCGUUCCUCUACCGCGCCGCGCACGCCAAGGCCGCGGCCUAG